GCUGCUUCCUCUACUUCGGUGGUCAAGACCUCCGCUAUAACGGGAUUACACUACUGUCCAACACAAUGGUCACGAAAUCCAACACACGCAUGUCAUCGUGCGGAUUUGAAUAUAAGUAGCUAGAUGGUGAAUGAGACAUUCUAUGGUAUGCACGCAUCCUACCUCGAGCAGAGCCAGCGUCUCAGCGAGAACCUCUCGUGGCGUCUUUGGCACCCGGAACAUUUAAUGGGCGACACCGACAAUGCUAAGUCAAAACACGAAUUCGAGAAACUCUCAACGAACAUGGGUGAUAAUCUCGACAAAGAGAAGGGUCGCGCUAUCGAAUCUCUUGAAGCACCGGACUUCAAGCGUAACACUUCUACUGACUUGAUUCAACAACGUGCUGUAGAAUGCGAGCGCUCUAGCGAGGCCUCACAGAAUGCCUGUCGCGGCAUGAUUAAACACAUGUGAUUCACCUUAAGUCCCUGCUCUUUCCCUGCUACUUCCUCUUCUUCAUACACCUUCUCCGGCGAAGGCUCCACCGCUACCG